AACACGCAGACUUGAUCAUCAUGCCUCCGAAAUUAAGCCUGUACUCCCACUCGCCAAUGCCGACACUUCCAUCUUCACCCGAGGAAGGAGAAGAGGAGAACGCCAUCUUUGGUCCCUCAGAACAAGAAAACAACAACGACAUAACUCCCGCCCUCGAAAACGAAGACAUUGAAGACAACAACGAUGAGAGCGAUGAAGACAACAACGAGAACAACGAGACCAUCACCAACCUCGAAGCAUCCUUCCAAACCCGCAUAACCAUCCUCACCCAAACACUAAACCGCCUAACCGCCCGCACCCUAGCGAUCCGCUACCAACGCCUCCACUACGAAACCAACCUCACUGCUUCCCUCUCAAAUCAAGAUACCCAGGGUGAAAACACUCUACAAACACAACUAGCUGUUUUGCGAUUGAGAGAAAAGAUCGUAGAACGAGAAAUCGGGGAAGUAAGAGCACAGAUGCAGGCUUUGCGGGCAGAAAUCGACGCCGCUGUGCAAUCGAGUGAUGACGAUAACGAUAACGACAAUGAUGAUGGCGAUGAGAUUAUGGAAGAGGAUGAAGAGAUGCAAGAAUGUAAUCACGAACACAACAUGGAUGAUGGGGAUGGAGCUACGACGGAAGAAAUAGUGGAAGUCGAUGAAGAUUGGUUGUUAUUGGACAAUGUGAAUGAUAAUGAUGACAUGGAGGACGAUGUUAUGGAAAAGAGCGAGACGGAAGAGUACGACAUGAUGGAAGAUGAGAACUGAAAAGGUCCAGAAAAGGGACAGACUCGAGAGAUAUACGAUUUGCGAGAGGCCUUUAGAUUGUUUUUGCAUCUCUACAGGUCAAUCUAUCCGUACCAUCAAGGC